AUGGAUUUCGAACCUUCGAAGAAGGAAAAACAACUCAACUCAUUUGUUGUGUCAAAAUUUCUCAAAACGGCCACCGAAAAGAUAAAUACUUCUGAGCAACCAAACUACAACACUAUGUAUCAACAGGGGGGGUUAUCCGCAACCGGGGGGGCUAUCCACAAGGUGGUUAUCCCCCUCAGGGUGGCUAUCCACCGCAGGGUGGCUAUCCUGCGCAAGGUGGCUAUCCGCCACCCGGAGGCUACCCACCACCACCGCAACCAGGAUUUCAACCCGCGGGGUAUGGCGGCGCAGGCUACGGUGAGCCGGCAUAUGGAGGUCCAGGGUGGUGUGGGUGAAGAUGCCGACGUGAAAGGAUUCGAUUUCAAUGAGCAAAGCAUCAGAAAAUCUUUUGUGCGAAAGGUCUACGCGAUAUUGAUGUCUCAGCUGCUAGUUACGCUAGCCUUUAUCACACUAUUCGUGUACCACACACCCACGAAGCUUUGGGCUCAGCAGAACACGUGGUCUUUCUGGGUGGCGUUCGCGAUGAUGUUUAUCUGUCUCAUCGUGAUGUCCUGUUGCGGCGAUGUUCGCCGUCAGUCGCCCACGAACUUCAUCUUUCUGGGUCUCUUCACGCUGGCCGAAAGUUUCCUGCUCGGCGUCACCAGCUCGGUGUACCAGAGCGAUGCGGUCAUGAUGGCUGUCGGCAUUACAGCUGCGAUCUGUCUAACUUUGACCAUAUUCGCGAUGCAAACAAAGUAUGACUUUACCGCUAUGGGUGGAAUACUGUUGUGUGCUACCGUUGUGCUUCUACUGUUUGGUCUCAUCGCUAUAUUUAUCCCGCGAAACACCAUUGUGACUUUGGUCUACGCUUCUCUUGGCGCGCUGUUGUUCUCCAUCUACCUGAUAUACGACACCCAGCUAAUGAUGGGCGGAAAACACAAAUACAGCAUUUCGCCCGAGGAAUAUGUUUUCGCGGCUCUCAAUCUCUACCUGGACAUCAUUAACAUCUUCAUCUACAUCCUAACUAUUAUUGGUGCGGCCAGGGACUAA